CAAUUAAGCCGAUUAAAGGUUUACGGCACCAAUAAGCCGCUCAAAGUGUAAGGCAAUUAAGCCGAUUAAAGGUUUACGGCACCAAUAAGCCGCUCAAAGUGUGAGGCAAUUAAGCCGAUUAAAGGUUUACGGCAUCAAUAAGCCGAUCAAAGAUUAAAGGUUUACGGCAUCAAUAAGCCGAUCAAAGAUUAAAGGCUUACGGCACCAAUAAGCCGCUCGAAAAAUUACUACAUCAAACAGUCCACAAAGGAAAUAUUUACCAGAACUUAUCAUCAUGUCGAAUAAACGAAAGGUUGUUUUUUCUAUUAAUGACCAGGGGCAUUGUCGGUUGUGCACUCGCCCGGACGACAUUCAAGAUUUGGUGCAGUGUGAUAAGUGUGAUCGUUGGUUCCACUUCGGCUGUGCGAAACUUGAAAAGUUGCCGGAAAGGACAGAGCCCUGGCUAUGUAUCCAAUGUGAUGCUGAUUACAUGGAAAUACUACAAUUAAAAAAGGAGUUAAUGGCAAUCCAAACAGAGUUGGGAGCUAGAGCUAAGGCCCAGAAAGGUGCUGAGCUCCAUGCGACUUCGCUAGAGCUCGAAUUGGACAACGUCAAACAAGAGCUCGAAAAUAAGGAAAAGGAAGAGAAUACGAGGCAAGACAUUUUAAAGGGCCUCGCAAAUGUGUUGCAAUCCUCACGUAAAGUAUCGGAUCCGGCAAUGUCUGAAGCCUCUAAACCAACUGCCGUUAGUGAGGCAAGGGCAAUAUCAAUCAUGAUGAAACGGCAGCUACAAAUACUGCCUACCUUUUGCGGAGAAGCCCGAGAAUGGCCGGCAUUUAAACGUAGAUUCAUAGAAACUAGCCAGUCGGGUGAAUACACCGAUUCGGAAAAUAUCAUUCGUUUACAACAAGCCUUAAGUGGAAAGGCCGCAAGAAGUGUUCAAGCGUUAAUGCUGGACCCUUCGAAUGUCCAGCAAAUUAUAGAUAGAUUAGAAAAACAAUUUAGACAAGAUCCACAGGGAACUACGAGAAGAGAUAGAAAGGAUACGCCCUAGUGGACCCGGUACAAUCAUCGAGAUUACCGAUGCCCUUGAAAAUUUGGUGUCUCACUUGACAGCAAUGAAGCAGGAGGAAUACCUGCGUGAUCCACGUCUGAUGGACGACAUUGCAUCAAAGCUGCCAUAUGAGCAGCAAAUAAAAUGGAUGGAGUUUAAUCACACAGCAGUUAAAACAGUAACUUCAAAGGAUUUACUCCAAUUUUUAAAACCAAGAGCUGAUAUUCAGAGAGAAAUGUCCAGACAGCCAUUCGAACGGCGAAACAGAAUAAACGUACAUCAAGAGGCAAGAGGUCGUUGUUACCUUUGUAAUGGAGCACAUACCAUUAAAGAGUGCCAUCAAUUUAAAAAGUUAACUCCGUGGGAAAAGCACAAACGCAUUAGGUCGAUUCAAGCAUGCUUUAUGUGUUUAAUAAAACACAACGGGGUAUGCAGAUCAGAGCAAAGAUGUGGGAUAAUGGGAUGUCAAGGGAAACAUCAUAAGAUGCUACAUUUUACUCAAUUCCCCCGAUCGAGAAAUGAGGAAAAUAUGAAAAAUAAUCCAAAAGGUACUGAAAAUAAACCUGCAGUAGUAUUAACAAACUUGCAUUAUCAAUUCAGGACGCAAGUAUUUUAUCAAAUUAUUCCAGUAACUCUAAGGAAUAACGGCUAUCAUGUCGAAACCUUUGCAUUUAUCGAUCCAGGAUCAUCAUUAACUUUGGUCGAUAAACAAGUGACGAAUAAACUCCGGCUGGAAGGAAUACCGGAUCCAUUGAAAAUAACAUGGACCCAAAACUAUUCAAAAAUAGAGGAGUCCAGUGAAAGGGUGAAAUUUAAGAUCAUGGGCUCAAAUCUUAAGGAGUAUAGUCUAGACGAGGUUAGAACAGUCGAAAAUUUGCAAUUACCAAUGCAAACUGUUGACUAUCAAGACAUGUGUGCGGAUUUCCCAUACCUAAGCAGGCUUUCCAUUAGCAGUUAUAAGCGAGCACGACCAAGAAUUUUAAUCGGGCUGAAUGUUCCAUUUUAUUUUGCGUAUCUGAGUUCCCAGACGUGGGGCCUGAUACGGAAAAUAAAAUGUGCAUUUGUAAGGUUCCAAUGUAUUCGUUAUAUUUUACUUUUCGUAUCUCACUAGCUUCAAAAUGUGGGGCUCGAUGCGGAAAAUAAAAUGCGCAUUUGUAGGGUUCUUUUAGCAGUUGUCUACAUUGUGGUACCCAUCGGGAGCACAAUGCAUUUGUAGUGUUUCGCAAAACUUUUUUUUUGUUACAUUGGCGCCCAAAGUGGAGCGUUGCGCAUUUAUAAGGUUCCAAUGUAUUUUUCGUUACAUUGGCGCCCAACGUGGGGCGUUGCGCAUUUAUGAGGUUCCAAUGUACUAUUUGUCACAUAGUCCCAGGAGUCAACUGUCAAAAUGUUUGUUGUAGUAUUAACAUCAAUUUUAUUCUCAGGAUCUUGGGCUCUUAGUGCUUUGAUUGCAGGGGGGUCGCGAUCAACAAAACCACGAUCUCACUUAUUGAAACCCCCUUAUGUGCAUCUAAGCAGCCCAAUAUAACUUCCCAACUUGUAUCAAUCGCUGUUACUCAAACCACCUCUAUAUCAGAAAUAUCAUUCUUAAGAUGUAAACUGGAAGCAUUCCAUCAAGUGCACAGAUGCGGAGUCUCCCUAGACACUUGGCACAAUAGUGGAUACUACUCAGAGGUCCUUGAAAUUAGUCGUGACGAGUGCAUAGAUAUGGUCCACUCUAAUUUCAUAAAUCUGCGUUGGGGGUCGAAUACUCGAGUAACUCUAUCAAAGAAUGGUUACUUCUCGUACAGUUAUACAAGUUUUGGAGGGAUAGAUGGAGGAAGUUGUACAUCCGGAGGCACAUUGACAUCUCCAUCUGGUAUCAGAUGGGACAGGGCUGUGAGGAAUACAAGACUGGAGAUGACUUACACGGUAGGGACUGCUCGGUUAUUCCAUGAUGAAGGGCAGGUAAAAUUCCCUAAUGGCGUAGUCUGCAAUGUGGGGGAAGCGAGGUGUGAUCAUUCAGGUUAUGGCCAUCUGUUUUGGGCAGUGCCUAGUCCAGAUUGUAGGUCAGUGAACUCAAAAAACUCUCUAGUUUUUAGGGGGAUGGCUCAGCUUAUUGUGGACAAGGAUUCGCUGGAGAAGGAGACUAUGAUUUUCAAGUGAAGUUGGGGAAGCCAGGGACAUCCAUCUGUGGAUUCAACUCCUUUUCCACAGAACAUCCACGGCUGUUUGUAACCAUAGUACCACAAAACUCUCCCGAAUUUCCCAUGGUAAAGCCGGUGGGUUCAGAGGAUGUGAACCUUUUAAAUUACAUAAAUUCCAAAUUCGUUUAUGUAAUGAGACAUACGAAACAGGAAGUGGAUCGUCUAUUUAGGUUAUUCGAGCAGGAAAGGGGUCACAUGCAAAAUAGGAUAACUGAGAACCUGAUGACAUUAGCUCUAAUAUCACCGAAGGAGUUUGCCUAUCAAUAUUUCAAGUCUCUUGGUUACACAGCUGUAGUUAGGGGAGAAGUCGUCCAUGUUGCCAAGUGCAGAGAGGUUGCAGUUAUGCCAAGAGUUUUGACCGAUGAAUGCUAUAAUGAGCUGCCGGUUCUGAAGACGGAACAUAGGCCGCCCCCCUAAACUAACGCGGUACUAGGCCCUUCCCAACUUUAUUUGAAGGAAAAGUCUAGCGCUUAAGGCUUAGAUACUUCUCUGGGGUAAACCGAGAGAUUUCUCUAUUCCACAAGCUAAAAACUGACUUAGACGGAUUUAAAGCUUUUGACGAAUUAUCCUUCUGAAGACGGAACAUGGGCCGCCCCCCUAAACUAACGCGGUACUAGACCCUUACCAAGGCUAAUUCGAACAAGAGCUAGAUCUACAAAAACCAGACAAGUCUGUUUGUUGAAAAUCGAAAUCAGUAUUACACUGACCACUUACUCAGGGCUUGUCACACCGAAGAGUUUCCUUCGCGACGUAACACCGGGUUACGUAGUGUCGUCAAAGCUAGGCUAGGCCCGGUGUUCUUCGGGUCCCGCGACCGUGACAGUUUGGUGGCUCCAGAGAGGAGCAUCGCGAUCGUUAGAAGUGUAAGUGCCAGUGGUAAUCAGGUAAGUCAAAGGUUAGCGACACCUUAAAGUUCGUGAAUAUUGCAUGCCUUAAGUGAAAAGAAAAUAGACGGAAAGAAAAUCCCUUAUCCAAAAACUUAAGGAAAGAAACUUCUCCAAUUUUUUCACAAAACCUUUACAUUUAAUUUUUUACAAGGAUAUGCCUGGUGACGAUCCUACACAAGAUAUUAAGGACGUCGCCGAAGUUUUUAACGAGCGGGACCGACAAUUCCAUAAAAUCAGCCAAAGUCCCAGUCAUAAGCGCUGGUCAAACAAACCAAUUGCGGAUAAUAAAUUAGUUGAAACUAGGCACUACGACAGUUACAGAUAGAUUUGGAGGAAAGAACCAAGGCUCAACGAAGAUCCGAGGUUCACUCAACCUCCUUGGAGUUGGAAUUAAAUCACAUUAAACAAGAAAUGCAGAAUAAGGAGAAGGAGGAAGACUCUAAGCAAGAUGUGCUAAAGGGUCUAGCGCAAGUCUUGAAACAAGCCCGCGAAAAAACAUCCUCUAAUGAAUCUUUAGAUAACAAUCAUGUAUCUGAAGGAAAGGUGCUGUCCGUAUUAAUGAGAAGACAACUCCAAUCAUUGCCAACCUUCUCCGGCAUCGCCAGAGAAUGGCCACUCUUCAAACGGCGCUUCUUAGAAACAACUGAAUCCGGAGAGUACACGGAUUCAGAGAAUUUAAUCCGAUUGCAGCAAGCCCUGAGCGGGACUGCUGCCAGAGGCGUCCAAGAAUUAAUGCUCGAUCCAUCUAACAUUCCACAAAUUUUGGAUCGGGUGGAAAAAACAAUUCGGACAAUUUAAAAAGAUCUACAAAGAAUUGCGAGAUGAUAUCGAACGCAUAAGAUCCGGUGGAUCUUACGUUAUAAUUGAAACUGCUGACGCCCUAGAGAAUUUGGUAUCUCAUCUAGAGGCCAUGAAGCAGCAAGAAUAUCUACGAGAUCCUCGACUGGUAGAGGAAAUUGUCAGUAAGUUGCCAUAUGAGCAGCAAGUCAAAUGGAUGGAGUCCUUGCAAUAAAAAUCGAAACAAGGGAAUUCCAUCAUGACCCUUAAAGAUUUGUUGGACUUCAUAAAGCCAAGAGCCGACAUCCAACGAGAGAUGUCCAGACAGCCGUCAGAACGGCGUAAUAGAAUAAACCUGCAUCAGGAAACCCACAAUCGUUGUUAUAUUUGCAACGAAUCUCAUGGGAUAGAAGAAUGCUCCCAGUUCAGGGGCUUAUCACCAUGGGAGAGGAUGAGAACAUUGACGAAUAAGCAUGCAUGUUUCACAUGUCUAAGGAGGCAUGGUGGACCGUGCAAACUUAACAAAUUAUGUGGUUUUUAUGGAUGCAAGGGAAAGCAUCAUAGAAUGCUCCACUAUAACCAAACGCCACAAAGAAGCGAGAAUAAAAACAAAACCGUAAGAGUGCAAGAUACCAAGCCAGCGGUAGCUAGGACACACUUGCAUCACCAAUUUAUGUCAGAAGUGUUCUACCAGAUUAUUCCGGUAACACUCCGAAAUGGUGAUCGUGAAACUCGCACAUACGCCUUUCUAGAUCCCGGUUCUUCAUUGACCUUGGUAGAUAGGCAACUUGUACAUCAGCUUCAGCUGGAAGGGGUUCCCGCCCCACUGAAAAUCGAAUGGACCCAAGACUUUUCAAGAGAAGAAAAGCAAAGUCAGAGGGUGCAAUUAAAGAUAAAGGGAACCAGUGGACGCGAGUUCACGCUAGACAAUGUUAGGACGGCAAAGAAUCUUUAGCUGCCAGUCCAAACCAUCGACUAUAAAGAGAUGGUAGAAGAAUAUCCUCAUUUGGAAGAUUUACCGAUACAUAGUUACAAAAAGGCCCAGCCCAAACUGCUGAUCGGUCUGAAUCACAGCCAUCUCUUGAUGCCAACAGACCGACGAUUCGCAGAGCCAAACCAGCCGAUGGCAAUAGAAACCCCGCUAGGAUGGUUAAUAUUCGGUAACAUAAGCAAAAACAUUCACGAGGAUCAUGCUCUAAUGAUCCAUGAAGAAGCGAAGGCUCAUGAAUUGAUGCAACAUUACUUCUCAGUUGAAGAUUUCGGGGUUACGGUUCCCGAAAAUCUACCAGAAUCAGAAGAGGUCAAAAGAUAAAAUAAAAUUGUUGCGGAAACCCUAAAAUACGACGGGGACCGCUAUGAAAUUGGAUUAUUGUGGAAGCAAGACAGUUUCACUUUCCCAGACAGCUACCAGCAAGCAUUGAAGCGCUUGGUUGGGCAAGAACAAAAGCUGAAGGGCAACUUAAAAUUAAAAGAGUGGCUACUCGAAACCAUGAACGAUUACAAGAAUAAGGGAUACGUCAGAAAGCUAUCCCCUGCAGAGAGAAUCGAAUGGCAUAAGGAUGCAUAUUAUUUGCCCCACUUUAUCGUCAGAACAAAAAUCCCCCAAAGCCACGAUUAGUUUUUGAUGCCGCUGCCAAAGUAAAAGGAGUUUCAUUUAACUCUGCACUUUUAUCGGGGCCUGACGCAACGACGUCAUCCCUAGGAGUAACGAUGAGAUUCCGAGAGGGCCGCACAGCAAUAGCGGGGGACAUCAAAGAGAUGUUCAGCCAGAUUAAAAUUAGACCUCAAGACCAACGUAAACAAUGCUUCUUAUUUAGAGAUUGUGAUCAGACUAGAGAACCAGACGUUUACGUGAUGCAAGUCAUGCCAUUUGGUUCCACCUGCUUGCGCUCAAAUUGUGAAGAAUCAUAAUGCCGAGCAAUUCAAGGAAGUGUUACCUAAGGCAGCAGAAGCCAUAGUCAAACAACAUUAUGUUGACGACUAUAUUAAUAGUUUCGACUCCACGAAGGAAGCCGUCGAAACAAUAAAGGGAGUGAUAAAGAUACACCAACACGCAGGCUUCUUUAUAAGAAAUUUUAUCUCUAAUAAUAAGGCUGUUUUUGUCGGAACUACCAGCGAAUAGAGUACAGGUAAACCCUGUAAAGAUAUUCGAGGAUAAGGAGUCACAAGGUGAAAAAGUAUUGGGCGUAUAUUGGGAUACCAUUCUAGAUUGCAUCAGCUAUAAAUUAAAUUUCAACCGAUUACCGGACGCUGUCCGAACAAACGCAAGACGUCCAACGAUGAGAGAGAUGCUGUCUUUCGUCAUGAGCAUUUACGAUCCAAUGGGGUUAAUUUCCAAUUUGACAAUACAUGGAAAAAUUUUAAUGCAAAAAUAGCAUAUAGAAAUGUCAGAUUGGGAUUCACUCCUGUCCGACAGCUCCUACAAACAAUGGAAACAAUUCCUUACAAUCAUACAACAGGCUAACGCCAUAAAGGUACCACCUCUACAGUGACAAUGGAACCAAUUUCGUUGGGGCCGAAAAAGAGGUGAAAGCAGACAUAGACGAAAUCAAUAAAAACUUGGGCGGAGGAGUUGCAGCGUCAAUGGUAAUCAACUGGACAUUCAAUCCUCCCACCGCUCCGCACUUUGGAGGAGCUUGGGAAAGAUUGAUUCAGGGAAUUAAAAGGUGUCUAAAGGCUAUACCAGAGUGUACCCAGACACGAAAGCCUACAAUAGAGGAAUUAAGAUCUGCUCUUAUUCAAGCAGAAUUUAUAUUGAACUCUAGGCCAUUAAUUCACAUAUCAUUGGAAAGCGAAGAGGAGGAACCUCUUACGCCGUUUCAUUUCUUAAUUGGAAGAGCUGGCGAAUAUGCGCCUCCUUAUUCCAUCCCUACCGGAUGCUUAACGAAAAAACAGUAUGAGAGAAUAAAUCAAUACUCUCAACAUUUUUGGGUACGAUGGCAGAAGGAGUUCGUACCAACUCUCGUAAAUCGCAAUAAGUGGACAAAGAAGGUUGAGCCACUAAAAGAGGGAGACAUUGUGCUUAUAUAACGGACAAAGAAACGCAUCCAGGAAAAUGGCUAAAGGGAAGAAUUAUAGAAGUGAGACGAGCAGCGGAUGGCCAGGUACGAUCCGCUCAGAUCAAAACUAUACAAGGCAUAUACUCCAGACCUGCCACAAAGAUAGCAGUCUUGGAUGUAAAGAACAAGGACGAUGAUAACGCGAAACAGGAACCAAAUUCGACUCCUGCUCCCGUUAAUCAUCAGCCAGGAACCUCAGGCUAAGCCGCACAAAUCGGAAUCAAAUCGUAAGUCGAACGAUAAAAUUCACAAAUUGAUUCCAAGAAUUGAAUCAAAAGCGAUCGCAAAACUCAAGUAUCCAAAAAUAAAGGAUAUAUGCAUCAUCAAUCACCAUCGUGAGGCAUACGCCCAUGAGGAGCUGGAACUUCCAACUACCUCACGAGUAAUGAAAGGAAGAAAACCCACCGAAAAGGAAUGGGUAAAAACACUUCCAAAAGAUGCAAUAGUAAAUCAAGAAAAGAUUCUGAAGGACCCUUAAGCGGAAGUCCUAGGGAGAGCGCCGUAAGAUAGACGUUGACAAAGUUAAAGAGAUGCACGAUCGUUGGAACGAUAAGAUAAACAAAGAAAAGAACCAGACGUCGCGCGGGAACGAAGUUCCCUCGAAGAAAAUUCGAUUCUCUUCAAGAGGGGCCCUCAAGGCAUUAAUUAUGUUAUUUUGCAUAGGGACCGUGUUUGGAUCGGAACCCUCAGGAUUAAUUGCUUAUGACUGCGCUAAUCCUGACAUCAAUAUGACCAGCUAUUCUCUGCUGGAUGUGGAUUCUUGCAUACCCACUAUCAAAAACCUUACUACGGUAGAAGUACCGAUUCAAGUACUUCAGAGAAGCGCUAAGAGUAGCGCUAUGGUAUACCAAUGUAAGGUAAUAAUUAAGCGUAUAGUUAAGCAUUGUGGAAUACACUCUCAUACUUCUGAUUAUGAGAGAAGAUACGCUUAUACAGGGCUGACACGACCAACCUAAUCCACAUAAAUCACAUGGCUGACCGUGACAGCCGAGCGUGAGUUAGUGAAAAUUCUCCGACUCAAACCAAGUACAGUGUUAGUGAAAUAGUGAAAAAUAUUCGACAACAUGGGAAAAACUCAGUCGAAGAAAGUGCAAGUAUCUGGAGACCCUCAGGUCCAUUUCCCAUAGCCUACCAAUGAAUAUGCAACCCGUAUCUUUCAACACCAUAGCUAAGCCAUACCAGCUGAACCACAUCCAGUUGACUUACACAGCAAUCCUACUCUCCGUUCUAGUUCUCACAUAGCGAGCAACGACAUACCCAGUGACCCACUAAAGAAAUAAUAAACAUUCAUAGGCUCUCACGUUCUGAUUGAAUUUAACUACAACAUAUGGUAACUCACCACAUUCUCUUUCACAUGUUUCGCUCUCGCACUCUAAACUUACUCUCACGAACUAAACAGAACAGAACGACGCAACGGUUAAUCCAAGCUGACACCGACGAACCAAUCAGAAGACCGUAUGACAGAUGGUUGUUAAAGUAACGCCUCCGACGCCAAGUUAGAUAGUUUUCCCAUAUCUGUAUUCGAUUAAACUUAACUAUCUAUGUAUUGACUAAAUUGAAUAAUGUAAUUUUAUAAAAACUAAAGACGAGAAAAAUAAAGAGGAUUCUUAUUCCUGAACCCAAAGAAUGAGUUUGUUUUAUGGCGACCGUUUUUCUCCCGAGCGAGCAAUGCUUCGGAUCAAAGAGUGAAAUUUACCUUGAAAAAGUGAAUUAAAGUGUAAAUUUACAACUCGAAAAAUCGGAUCAAAGUGAAGCUUGAAAAAUCGAAACAAAGUGAAGAUUCUAUACUAGAAAAAUUCGAAUCACAAACCACAAAGUGCCAAUUGGAGAAAGUGCAUAGUGAAGCUACGCAAAUUCAUCAUGGGCUGGUUUAGUAGUGACGAGAUCAUUACUAACACCGCCAGUAUUAGCAGCAGCAUGGAAGAUAAGUUUGUUGCUGGAGCUGUGAGUGUGAUUGCUAUUUUGCUAAUAUUUAUAGUAAUCUGUAAAUCUGUAAUCUGUAAGUCAGUGAAGAAAAGUAAAUAAAAAAAAACAUUUGAACAAUACGUGCGUCAAUCAACGAAGAAAAUUCUACCGUUAUGGUAAACAGUGCAAAAACGGGUACACCCCGUAAUAAUACAAAAUAAGAAUACAUCGAAGAGGAUACAGCAAGAAGGCCAACCGAUGGAAGCAGAUGCUGAGCAUUACUGCAAACACCGAGUCUUCCAAGUGUGCCACCACCAUUUGACGGCGUGGUAUAAUCAUCAACUACGGAAAACAGCGUAAAAGAUAAGUAAAGUUUAAAACCUUAAGUUAAGUUUUUUUUUCAUGUUCUCAAUUCAUACAAUAAUCAUAAAAGUAAGAAUGGAUGAUCCAAUUCCUUUAGAAAUUUGGAUCUUAAUAGAUGAAUUUCUUGAAAGUGUUAAAGAGCAAAUAUAAUAAUCUCAUAAAUAGUUGAUUUCUAAUUUGUAAAAAAAAAUAUAUUUUGAAUUAUACAUCAGUUUAUUGUUACGAAAAUUCAUGAUUUUAAAGUGUGUGUGUGCUUGUUUAUUAGAUAAAAAUUCAUUUCGAACAACAAAAUGUAUAUUAAAUGGAUCGGCUCCGAGAACUCGAAGCCCACAUUAAACGUGAGUUUUCAAACUUGGUCAAAAGUAAACAUAGAAUAAUCCAAGGUGACACCGACGAUCCAAUCAGAAGACCGUAUGACAGAUGGUUGUUAAAGUAACGCCUCCGACGCCAAGUUAGAUAGUUUUCCCAUAUCUGUAUUCGAUUAAACUCAACUAUCUAUGUAUUGACUAAAUUGAAAAAUGUAAUUAUAUAAAACUAAAGACGAGAAAAAUAAAGAGGAUUCUUAUUCCUGAAACCAAAGAAUGAGUUUGUUUUAUUAGUGACUUGUCGAAGAUACAAGUCACAUUCAGAGAACACUU